AUGUAUUGUAUAAUUAUUUUUGUGGUAAAAUGGUUAAUAGGUCAAGAAGGUUAUGAUCGCCUUCGUCCUUUCUCAUAUUUUAAAGCAGAUGUAAUUUUGGUCUGUUUUUCUGUAACCUCGCCAGCUUCUUUCCAAAAUGUCAAAGAAAAAUGGUUCUCAGAGAUUCAUCAUCAUUGUCCAGAAAUUCCAUGCCUGAUUGUUGGUACUCAAAUAGAGUUGCGGAGUGAUCCAUUUGUGGUUGAAGGACUAUCACGACAAAAAAUGAGACCCAUAACUUCAAUGCAAGGAGAAAGACUCUUUCGCGAAUUAGGAGCAAUUAAGUAUGUUGAGUGUUCAGCUUUAACACAAAAGGGUUUGAAAACCGUUUUUGAUGAGGCAAUCAUUGCUGUCUUGGAUACG